GGGAAAUCUACCGCGCAGUUCCACCGUGAAAAGGUGAAAAACGUUUCCCAGCAAGUUCAGCCCACGGUCAAAUUGAUCACGAUGGAAGUCAAGAGAGAGCAGGAAAACAUUUACCUAUUCGUACCAAACAUUAUCGGUUACGCACGGAUCGUGCUGGCUAUCGUUUCUUUCUACUAUAUGCCCACGGACUACGUGAUCGCAAGUUGGUGCUACAUUAUCAGCGUGCUCCUUGAUGCCCUCGAUGGACAUGCGGCGCGGCAUUUUAAUCAGUCGACAAAGUUUGGCGCCAUGCUCGAUCAGCUAACGGACCGAUGCGGAACAUGCGGCCUCCUGGUGACGCUGAGCUACUUCUACCCGAAGUACAUGUUUUGGUUCCAGCUUUCGAUGGCGAUCGAUGUGGCCUGCCACUGGUUCUACCUGCACACCACCGUCCUGCAGGGAAAAACGUCCCACAAGUUCAUCGACAUGUCCGGCAAUCCAAUUAUGCGCGUCUACUACACCAACCGCACCGUGCUUGGCUUCAUGUGUCUGUUCAACGAGCUGUUCUACGCCGCGCUGUACCUGCUGCACUUCACCCCGGGUCCGCUGCUGCUCGGCUUCUCUUCGUUCAAGCUGCUGGCAAUCGUGUCCUUCCCGGUGGCGGUCGUGAAAACGGGCAUCUCGGUUAUCCACGGAUUUGUGGCGAGCUGCAAUAUCGGUGUGAUCGAUGUCGCCGAGAGGGCUGCCCAACGGGAGCGCGAGUCGAACAAGAAACCGCAAUAAGGCGUGCACUGCACCCAGGUUGGAAAUGGAAAAAACGGAAACAGCACACACUUCCCGGUUCAAGUAGGAUCGCGUACUAAUUAAACUGCUGUUACAUUUAACGAACAUUUAAUUGCCAGAAAAGAACAUGGAUCAAAGCAUCUCUCUCCCCAUGGCAACCGUAGCCAUAGUGGUACACUAGAGCGGGCAGUGUUUAAAAGGGGGAAAAAACGUUCAAAUCGUGUCGUUAACCUACUUCUACUAUUCACUGCUAUCCAUUAACCAUGCCAAAGGACGAAAAUGGGACAAUUUUAUGUGUUUAACCUGUGUAUUUAAGUGGCGUAGACAAAAAGUAGCUGAACUUUAUAAACCCUUUGCUGAUAAAAAAGGAUUCACCGCACCUGAAUUGCAACACGUCGUUGCUAGAACGAUAACGAGUGGAGAAGAGGAGUCAAGAAAGGACAAAACACAAUUGCACGGCACAUUCCAGGUGACACCUGUGUGAGACAUAUUGAAUUGACUUCCUCCCCCUCUCUUCCCAUAGAAAGUAUCAUAUUUUCGAACUAAAGGAAAACCCUAUCCCUAAUGGCGGUAGCUUGUGGUUGCUUUCAAAUGAAGAGUAAAAACAAACCUAUAUUUAUUAUUGUAGGGCACACUGCUCGUCGUAUCGAUGGUAUUUUGCGUAGAAUAGAUGUUGUAGAAUCGAGACUUACUCAUGGAUAUUGUAAUGCCGUCGACUCAAGUACAGAUAUUUUGCAAAAAACAUAAAUCAUCAUCUAGCGGAAAUAGAGAGAGUUGGAGUAGUAGUCCUUAAUGUUUCGAUGUGAUUGAAACCCCCCGUGUCUAAGAAUAAUAAUAAAUAACCUCUCUCCAAUCAA